AGAGAGAGGUAAUGAAAUACUAACAGUAGCAACAGCAGAGAGAGACAGAGCAGUGUCUGACUCUGAGUGAAACAUCCAUUCUCCUCUUCCUCCUCCUCCUCAACCUCUUCCUCGUGAUUCCCGAACAUUCUCUUCUUAAUUCAGCUCCACGCGCGCGCUUCCGCUACUCGCUCCCUCCAUUCCUAGGGUUUCGCUUCUUAAACGCUGAAUGCGGCUUCUCUCCACCGUUCGCGCUUGAUUCAUUCCACCACAAUGUCAGGCCCGCUCGACCGUUUCGCCAGGCCCUGUUUUGAAGGCUUCUCCGGGAGCGACGAGAAGAAGGAGAGGAGAUCUGACUUCGAGAACUCCGAGGACGAGAGGAGGACCAGAAUCGGAUCUCUGAAGAAGAAGGCGCUGAACGCCUCCUCCAAGUUCAAGCAUUCGCUCAAGAAGAAGAGCAGCAGGAGAAAGAGCGAUGGACGCGUUAGCUCUGUUUCCAUUGAAGAUGUUCGCAACUUCGAGGAGCAGCAGGCCGUUGAUGCGUUUCGCCAGGCCUUGGUUAUGGACGAAUUGCUCCCUGAAAAGCACGAUGAUUACCACGUCAUGUUGAGGUUCCUGAAAGCGAGGAAGUUUGAUAUUGAAAGGGCGAAGCAUAUGUGGGCUGAUAUGCUGCAAUGGAGGAAGGAGUUUGGUGCCGACACCAUUAUGGAGGAUUUUGAGUUCAAGGAAUUAAAUGAGGUCGUGAGGUAUUAUCCACAUGGGCAUCAUGGGGUUGAUAAGGAGGGAAGGCCUGUUUACAUUGAGAGGCUUGGGAAGGUAGAUCCGAACAAGCUUAUGCAGGUUACGACCAUGGAUAGAUAUGUAAAAUACCAUGUACAGGAGUUUGAGAAGUCUUUUAAGAUAAAGUUUCCUGCUUGCACAAUUGCCGCCAAAAGGCACAUUGAUUCAAGCACCACGAUUUUAGAUGUUCAAGGCGUGGGCCUUAAGAACUUUACAAAGUCUGCACGGGAUCUCAUUAUGCGAUUACAAAAGAUUGAUGGUGACAAUUACCCUGAGACUCUUUGCCAAAUGUUUAUCAUAAAUGCUGGCCCAGGAUUUAGGUUGCUAUGGAACACUGUCAAGUCUUUUCUUGAUCCCAAAACAACUUCGAAGAUCCAUGUUCUUGGAAACAAGUACCAAAGCAAAUUGCUUGAAGUAAUCGAUGCCAGUGAGUUGCCAGAAUUUCUGGGAGGUACCUGUACCUGUGCAGAUCAGGGAGGUUGCCUCAGAUCUGAUAAAGGGCCCUGGAAAAACCCUGAAAUACUGAAGAUGAUUCUCAGCGGUGAAGCACGGCGGGCAAGGCCAGUAGUAAAAGUUCUAAAUAGUGAAGGGAAGGUUAUUGCAUAUGCCAGACCACAAUACCCAAUGGUAAAAGGCAGUGACACAUCCACAGCUGAAUCAGGGUCUGAAGCUGAAGAUAUAGCUUCUCCAAAAGCGAUGAAGAGCUACUCACACCUGAGGUUGACACCUGUUCGCGAGGAGGCUAAGGUUGUUGGAAAGUCAACCUAUGUUGGUGGUGGUAACUUAGCUGGGUAUGAUGAAUAUGUUCCAAUGGUGGACAAAGCCGUUGAUGCUGCAUGGAAGACACAAGUGUCACUCCAGAGGUCUCAAACAUCAAAAGGAACACCUCCCCUCCCUGACACUCCAAGAGCUCCUGAAGGGAUUCGGGCUCGGAUUUUGGUAGCUCUAACUGUCUUCUUUAUGACACUGUUUACUCUCUUCCGUUCUGCUGUAUGCCGCGUGACCAAGAAACUUCCUGCAGUAUCAUCUAAUAAUUGUCAGGGAACUUCAGAGCCAACUCUUGAUACAACAAACAAUGAGGACAGUCAUCCUCCUUCUCCAACUCCAUCAUACACAGAUGCAAAUCUCCUUUCCUCCAUGAUGAAAAGGUUAGGUGAGCUUGAAGAGAAGGUUGACACCCUCCAAUCUAAGCCAUCUGAGAUGCCUUAUGAGAAAGAGGAAUUGCUAAAUGCUGCUGUAUGUCGGGUGGAUGCUUUGGAAGCAGAGCUAAUUGCAACUAAAAAGGCUCUUUAUGAAGCAUUGAUGAGGCAAGAAGAGUUACUUGCUUACAUUGAUAGUCAAGAAGAAGCUAAGUUACGGCGGAAAAAGUUUUGCUGGUGAGUUUUGUUGCUGAUAGAAAAGGACGAUGGGAGAGAGGGUGUUUCCAAUCAUGGUGCUCCUAGGAGUGUUGACCUUGCACAUGAUGUUGAACUCUGAACACUGAUUUUCAGUUUAAUGAGUAAACUAAAAAUUGUUUCAAACACGUGUAUAGCUAGAAUGACUUAUUUGCUGGAUUAAACACAAGCCUUGUUUUUUGCUCUGGCUACCUUUAUUUGUUGUAUUUGGUGUGAUUGUCUUUGUUAUUGUUAGUGGUUUGAAAAGCGUUCGUUCUUCUGUUCUCAUAACUUA